GCGAGUCGAUCCUCCAGCGGCCACCCAAGCCCCAGAACCGCAACCCUCCCGCGGCGGCGCUCAGGCGAUCGCCGGCUCUGACAGCCAGCCCGGCACUUCCGGGAAGCCCGGCGCUUCCGGGAUCCGGGGCAGUCUGGGAUAGCGGAGGACUGACCUCUGAUCGCCCGGAGGAGACGGUAGGGGCAGUCCCGGGAGACUCCCCAUACCGCCCUGUAGUCCAGCGGCCCCUCCCUGCCCUCACCUCACCGAAGGCGGCGUCCCCUCACUGAGGGGCCUGGUGUUGGGGAGGACCUGGCCGUCCCGGCAGGAUCCCCCUGCGGCGGGGUGGGGGAAGCCCCAGCAGCGUCGCGACCCACCGGGAGCAACCCUCACUGGCCGCGAAGCUGGCGACUCUCCGGCACCAGGGCCCCCUUGGUCAGUGACAGUAGGUGACCACCUGCCAUCGGGGGAGAAAUGACCCCAGCUGUUUAGGGCACCUGGCCAGAGAACUUUCAAAUAAGAACUUGCAGUCCUCAACAACAAAACGCUCCAAGACUGAGCGGUGUCUUGACCCAAAGGCAAGAGGCAGAACUGCAGUACGGCAGCAAAUCUACCUGGAUAUGUAGACUGAGGAGAACUGCUGGAUUCUGCAGCAGCAUUUAGUAAUACUCGGAGCGACCCCCCUCCGGAGAAAUUACAGCAGUUGGCAGAGCGUGGAAAAGCCAUCUCUGGCCCGCAGAAACCAUUUCCUGGACUCUAUGUAGAAGCAAAAGUGCUAGGUCGGUAAGCCAGGCGGGCAGAUGGCCCCAAGCCCACGGGCCGUCUCCUUCCUGCCCCCAGAGAUGCCUUCCACACCGUUCGCACCGGGCAAUGCCCCUGCCCUGUUUGGGGGGGGGCGGCUCUCGGCCGAGUGCCUUCUCCUACCUGGCUCUCUCGGGGGCCCGGCUCCUUCUCCCGGGGCUGGGGAGGAGAGGAGGGCUGUGGCAGGUGCGGGGCAUUUCUUUUGCAGGGCCGGUGCCGAGGGGAGGGGCGGGGUAGCGUCCGCGGUGACGGAACAGAGGCCGCGGGAGCCUCGGCCCUUCCCGCCACUGCCCGGCCCGGCGGCCGCUGGCGCGCAGCUGGUCGGGGCGCAGGUUCCGCGCACCACAGUUCGCCGCCGCCGCCCACUCGCGCGCCGGCAGGGGAACCGGGGAAGCCUCGCGGCCCCGGGACUGUGGCGACGAGACCCCGCCCCGCGCGGCCGGCUCGCGCCUAUCGCGGCCGCUGUCUUGGUCACGCGGAGAGUGGGGCUGCGGGCUCGGGGCCAGCGCCCGGCGGCUGCCGGAGUCGCGGCGGGACGGGGACGGAGACGGGGCCGGGGCGGGGGUGGAGGGUGGAGGGUAGAAAUAGGGGCGAGCGGGCGGCCCGCGGCCAGUCUUGGAGCCGCGCAGAGCCGACCUGAGCCAGGCCGAGGGCGCCGAGCGAGGCGGCCGACCGCUGAGCACCCAUGCUGCUGACGCUGGCCUGGGGCUCACUCUUCUUCCCUGGGCUCUUCGCGCUCUGCACCUGGGGGCUGCGCCGUGCGCGGCCCGAAUGGACCGACACCGACCGCGUGACGAUCAGCACCAGGCUGGUUUCUUCAGUGCAGGCUGUGUUGGCCACCGGGUCAGGGAUCGUCAUCAUCCGCUCCUGUAAAGACGUGAUCACCGACAGGCACUGGCUUGCCCGAGAAUAUGUCUGGCUUUUGAUUCCAUACAUGAUCUAUGACUCCUAUGCCAUGUACCUCUGUGAAUGGUACCGAACCCAAGAUCAGAACCACAGACACUCCCUCACCAUUUUUCAAAACUUCCUGAGAAAAAAUCGCCUCAUGAUCACACACCACGCAGUCAUUCUGUUUGUCCUUGUGCCAGUUGCACAGAGGCUUAGGGAAGACCUUGGGGACUUUUUCGUCGGCUGCAUCUUCACGGCGGAACUGAGCACUCCAUUUGUGUCACUGGGCAGAGUUCUGAUUCAGCUAAGACAGCAGCACACCCUUUUGUACAAGGUGAACGGAAUCCUCACGCUGACCACCUUCUUUGCCUGUCGGAUCCUUCUUUUCCCCUUCAUGUACUGGUCCUAUGGCCAACAGCAGGGACUACACCUGCUCCGAGUGCCAUUCAAUAUCCCUUUCUACUGCAACGUGGCCAAUGCCUUCCUCAUCGCUCCCCAGAUCUACUGGUUCUCUCUGCUGUGCAAGAAGGCAGCCCGGCUCUUUGACACUCCCCGAGCCAAAAAGGAUGGUUAAGGGCUCCCAGGAGGCAGGCGGUGUGGGUGCCUCCUCCACUCAGUAUUCUGUGGACCAAAUUAUGUCCUGGGUGGCUUCAGCCUAUUGGGUAUUGAUAAGCAGAUAGAUGAGUUUGAGUUUUUCUAAAGAAUAUUCAUAUUACCUCCCUCUUCUAACCUACCCCUUUUGCAGAAGCACUUUUUUCUUAGUAACAACUAUUGGAUCCUGUCAGACCUCCAUUGGCAAAAAGGUAGUUUCAAUGCAAGCCCAAGGAUCUUUCCUGAGGUCUUAUCUGAAGGGCUCUGGGAGGUAGAGGUAUGAGGUGUGGAGGUAGGUGGACCAGAUGGUGUCUGGGCCCCCAUCUUCCCAGCCACUCAGGGCAGUAUCCACACAUACUAGGCCAGUAGAAGCAAGUGGUAACUUGUUUCUUGAAAUAAUUUCUUGUGAUGGUGGCCCAGGAGAAUUGCUGUGGGUUGGUAGUUUUGUUGUUUACUAGAUCAGCCAUUGGUCCUUUGCCUCAUCCUUUCAGCCAUGUGCCAACAUUGAAUUCUCAUGUCUACUGACUUCCAAUCAGAAGUCUCAUGGGCGCAGGGGGUGGCAGGAGGCAGGGAUGGGAACCUGAAGCACUUGAGUAGGGAAGGAGGCCAGUAGGCUAGCACCUUUGCAGGCUGACAUGGUAAGACCAGUGUCAAACUUGUGAGCUGGUUGUAAACAAGCUAUUCCCUUUGAAGCAUGUCCCCUCAAGCCUAGCUGCCCCCAUACCCACGCACACGGGAUGCUCUUGUUAAAAACCACAGGGCCAAGUGAAAAAAUGAUGGCUACCAUGCUAUUUACUGGAUAACCCUGUUUGACACUGUCCUUUUCAUGUGAAGUGGAAAUGGACUUCUGUAUUCCACACCGUGAAAAUGUCUCAUCUAGACUGCCUCCUGAUAAGCCAGAGCUUGUGUUCCAAAGCCUGCUCCUAUGUGAGUGUACUGUCAUUUAGCCACAGAAGGCUGGAGAGCGAAAGUGCAAGACAGCCCUGGCCAAACUAUGUCCUGUGGACUGAGUCCUUUAUCUACCACUUGCAAAUAUGAUCCUCUGGUGCCAACACUAAUUGUUUCUUACCAACUAAGAUGGGUUUUAGAAACUGCUACCAUGAAUUUUUUUUCACAUGGUAGAGAAAAACUGGUUUUUGAAAGUGCCUUUUAAUUCAUUGUCCAUGAACUUAUGAAGUAUUGAGUAUGUGUCUCAAAUUUGACUAUUUCAGUCUUUAAUGGGUGCCGUUUAAAAACCAUAAAAUGCUGUUAAUUUUU